AUGUCCAGCAAGUCCCAUUCACUAUCAGAAAGACCCAAUCUCGACUCUCGACGCCUGCUAUCUCGGGACCCGGAAUCUCCUAGAGAUCGCAAGGUCAAAGAAAAUCCGAAUCCUUCAUACAAGCACUUCCGGCAAGUGACCAAAACUAUCUCUAAAGUCUACGGUAACCCGUCUGUUCAUCCACAGCCUGAGCACUACUGGGGAAAUGUAAAUUCAUUUGGUCCACGAGCCUGCUACGACGAAGGAAAGCGCGUAGCUGAAGCUCUCUGCUAUGCAUACCGCGAACAACAUGACGUUGACAUCUGCAUCGCGCGUAUCUUCAAUACAUACGGGCCACGCAUGGGUGCCAACGACGGACGAGUAGUGUCAAGCUUCAUUGUAUCCGCUUUAGCCGGAGAAGACCUCAAAGUCACAGGAGAUGGUUCGGCUACACGGUCGUUCCAGUUCGUUACAGAUUGUGUGGAGGGGCUUUAUACACUAAUGAACAGUGACUAUAGCCAGGGGCCGGUGAAUAUCGGGAAUGAUGGGGAAUUCACUAUUGAGUGUCUUGCUGAGAUUGUCAUCGACCUUGUUUCGCACAUGACGUGCAAACCUCGAGUAUCGAUUUCGCACCUUCCAUCGCCUUUGGAUGAUCCCACGGUUCGUCGGCCGGAUAUUACUUUGGCGGGAGAGAUUUUACAUUGGAAACCAGUGGUUCAGCUAGAGGAGGGGCUGAGGAGAACCAUUGCGUGGCAUAUCAAUGAGAGUCGAUCUGACUGA